GUGGGUUUAGCAUCGAAAUCCCUUCGGAGGAAAGCAGAACAAUCGCGCUGGUGAGAGUUUCACAGACAGUGAACGCGUUGGACUUUUUCUUUGCUCUCACAAUCGACAAACAACAAGGAGAAGGAGGAUAAAGAUGGGCGUCCAAUUCCUCUGGGAUUCGUUUUAAGACGGUGGCAUCAGUAAUUCAUCCAAAUGACUCACUUCAAAGUACUUAAGAGAAACUUGUUUAAAGGAGGACUGACACAUUUUGUCUCUUGGAGGCUGCUUUAAUUAUAUUCUGCUUCCAAGUUUUCUCUCACAGUUCAGCAGCCUAUGAAAAGAAAUAACGCGACUUACGCGCAGUUGAUGCCUUCGAGAAGCCACCCCUAUCCUCAUAUGCCAGUCUGUCAGACUUUAGAGCCUAUAUUAUUGCCAGUCUCAGACCGCAGACCAAAGGAGGAGGAGGACUCCGAUGGAAAAUCAUGCAGCACUUUGAACCCAUGGAGACAUGGCACAUAGGUUCCUCUCAUCUACCAACAGAUUCAGCGCCAGAUUCGCCUUCAUAUUUACUGUGUCACUGUCCUGCACCUAUUUAUGCUAUAGUAUUCUUUUUUGUCGCAGCACAAUCAUGACAAAUCAGGGUUAUGAGGGGAAAAGAUGCCCACCGAGCAAGAGCGCAGGAGGGAAGAAACUUCUUGGAAAAUUAGACAAUUGCGCUUCGCUGGAAGUCAGGUCCGCUCUGGAGGAGUCUGCUGCCCGGCGAGGAUCAAGUGAUGUCCGCGACCAAAGUAAAACCCCAGGCUCGUCUGGAAGUAACUGGGCUGACACGAAGUUGAGAAACAUGAGUGUUGCGCAAAAAUAUGGGAAUAAGAAGCUGCCAAAUGCGUUAAUAGUGGGUGUUAAGAAAGGAGGCACCAGGGCGGUGCUGGAGUUCAUCCGGAUACAUCCAGAUGUGCGCGCCCUCGGAACAGAGCCGCACUUUUUCGACAGAAACUAUGACAGAGGGCUUGACUGGUACAGGGGACUAAUGCCACGAACACUAGACAGCCAGAUCACAUUAGAGAAGACUCCAAGCUAUUUUGUCACUAGAGAGGCACCCAGGCGCAUCUCCAGCAUGUCUCAUGAGACCAAGUUGAUUGUUGUGGUGCGUAACCCAGUGACAAGAGCAAUCUCCGAUUACACACAGACUCUUUCCAAGAAGCCUGACAUCCCCACGUUCGAGGAGCUGGCCUUUAAGAACAGAAGUGUGGGUCUCGUCGACACUUCCUGGAAUGCCAUUCGGAUCGGGAUGUACAUUCUGCACCUGGAGAACUGGCUGCAGUACUUUCGCCUUUCGCAGAUACACUUUGUGAGCGGGGAGCGGCUGAUCACAGAUCCGGCAGGGGAAAUGGGUCGCGUUCAGGACUUUUUAGGACUGAAACGAAUAAUCACAGACAAGCACUUCUACUUCAAUCGAACCAAAGGCUUCCCCUGUCUGAAGAAACCGGAGAGCAGCAGCCAGCCACGCUGCCUCGGCAAAUCCAAGGGCAGGACUCACGUACAGAUCGAAGAGGAGGUCAUAGAGCAGCUGCAGGAGUUUUAUAGGCCAUUUAAUAUAAAAUUCUAUGAAACUGUGGGACAAGACUUCAAGUGGGACUGAGAAUGCCAUAGAAACAAAGCUGUUUUUAAAAUGGCCUACCUCUGGAGAAAAAUAUAAAUGAGGGUAUCUACGACAGAAUAUUUAAAUGACAAGUUUACUGAGCUAUGUACAAACAAAUUAAUAUAGAAUACUAUACUCAGAUAUUAUAAUAUAAUUAUAUAGUGAAUGGUUUCACAUAAUAUUGGGGUUUGGGUCUGGUCAUUCUGAUAAGUGCCAUUUCUUUAAAAAAUAUAUAUACAAAACCCAAGUUUCUUUACCACAUACAUGACAUAUGAAAUCAUCAACAGGUAACCAGAAUUAAUUCAUUAACCAAGUCAUUAACCAGCAAUCAUCCCAAUGCCUUCCUGCCAUUUAGCCAAACCAGGCCCACAUUAAUGACAUUGCUUGAAUAUUCAUUGCCUAGAUUGCUUAUUUAUUCAUAAUUUCCACUCAAAAUGAACCACAGGCUUUACUGUUCAAAUGAGUUCUCAACAUGAAGUUCCAGCAAAAUGUCAAAUGAAUAAUAAAAUCAGCCUGUCAAAUUUGCUGCAUUAAUGUAAUUGAGAAGAAAAAAUAACAGCUAUAGUAAGACAGAUAACACUGAUUAAGGUUUGUUGAACUCUACUUCAGCUCUUUCUGUGUCAGUAUUUUUGUUGUGAUCAUCAAAAUAAAGGGUCUUAAAUUCAAAUAUAUUUAUG